GGGAAAGGCCUUGACAUCACACAGGGGCCACGAGUGACUGAAAGCAGAAAUUACUAAACUCAGUGAUGGAGAAUUCCUUGUUUUCUAGGACACAGGAGAGUUGCUUUAUCUCUUCAACAGCAUUCUGAGAAAAGAUGAAAAACACAAGGAGGGGGAGAAUUGAAUGGAAGAGACGAAAAAAGAGGAGGAAUAAAGGAUGAGUCUCCCCAUCCUACACCUACUCGCCCAGUUCCCAGCUGCCCCAAGUGACUUUGUCUCUUCAGAUAUACAGCGGGGUGUCCCAAGUCCUUCCACACCCAGGCCUCUCUCUCCUGCCAGGAUACCAAUGGGGCUCAUGGUGAUGUCACAUUCACCUCUGAGAACCAGUCUCAAAAGCCAAAAAUGCCUGUGGUCUUUCUAGCUUACCUUUAAAAAUUUUUCAGGUAUCAAGCAUCCAAAAUCUAGAUAAACAUUUGAAGGCAUUUCAGAUUUUAGUCAAAUAUUUUUCUUAAGAAAUGACUUAAACCUACUCCUGCAAGUUAAGAGAUUAAACGUAACUUCAAAUUAAGGGGAAAGGAGCAUCAUCAUAAUUAAAGUCCCUUGAAUUUGGUCAACUUCAGCAAGCAAACACGGAAACACCACUCUGUGGAACUGAGGGCUUCUUUCGAAAUAAAUCUUUUCCCGUUUUCAAUUAAAUGAGAUUUUCCUCUACUCCCAGCUCUCCCACAUCCACCCUCGUCAUUCCCUCAUUAAUACAUUCGUUCCUUCAAUAAUCAUGUAUCUUUCAUCAUCUUCUGCUUACUGCACCAGUGGCCUAGUACCUAUCCUCUAGGAACCUGUAACCCAGGAAAAAACAAGAUCUACGUAUAAAUACCUGGAGAGUCCUAAUGUCAACAGUAAAUGUCAUAUGAAUACAAACAAUAGAUACCCUGGGAAUCAUAAAGAGGCGGACUCCUUUCUGGUUUAGAAUCAGGAAAGGCUCUCAGAGGGUGGUAGGCACGAGUGAAGCUUUGAAGAAGGCUUAGGAUUUCCACAGGCACAGGGAGAACGUAGCAGGUAAAAAAAAUAACAGCCCAAACUAAGAGGUAGAGAAAACUGGGUGUGUUUGCUUUGAAACUUUUCCUUUCAUCCCCCGGCUUUAAUAGACCUGAGUCCUAAGAAAACAUUUUCCAGAAGACAAAGAGACAGGCUAGCUUUGCUCCAGCCUGUUCUCCUGGUCACUGUGGAAACUGUGAGUAAGCCCACUUUCAGAAGGGUGUCACAAAUCAAGGUUGAGAAGAUGAAGAUUGCCUUCUCCUUCCUCUCUCUCCCCCUUCACCCCACUUCACAACCCAAGAGUAACAAAUGAACCCCUCAAGACCACCGUGCGGGAAAAUCAUGCAAUUUCCCUCAAGACCACCAUGCGGGAAAAUCACUCUCUUCAGCAGGCCAAAGGCCUUUUGUUUGCUUGCCAUCUUCCUUGCAUCUGAAGGGUGACUUUCUAGGCUUGAUGAAGAAGUGUCUGCAACAGGCCGUGCAAAUCCUCGACCCAGAGAGGCCCAAGGCCUUCGGCAUAAAGUCGUCCCAUUGGUGAAGAUGAGAUGAGCAAGGUGGAUCUUAUCUCUCACCAUAUCCUGAACCAGUCUGAGCCGACAAGGAAUCCUGGUUUGACAGACUGAGAUAACAUUUUAUGAACAUUCUUUUCCUGCUGCCUCUGAUGAGAGAGAUCUGAGGGGCGCCCCUCCCUGCUGAGGUCUGGUGAGGACCCACAGGCCAAAAUGCAGUCUGAUUAAAAGGCAUCCCAAGCAGUGACUCAAACCAUCGGCGAUUUCAAAGGAAGCUUGUUAUGGUGACUCCACACUUAGUACCACAGACCACGUGGCCAGGCAGUCCCGCAGGAGGCUGGACCAAGCACCAUAUAAAAGUCCCACCUUGCUGGGCUGCACCGUCCAUCGCCUUUGUUGAGUCUCGUUGAAGAUCAGGCUCUUCAAAUCGCCCUAGGAUGUCCUUCAGUGAGCAGCAGUGCAAGCAGCCAUGUGUGCCCCCUCCAUGCCUCCAGAAGACCCAGGAGCAGUGCCAGGCAAAGGCUGAGGACGUGUGCCUCCCCACAUGCCAGGACCCCUGCCAGGACAAGUGUCCGGUGCAGGCCCAGGACGUAUGUCUUCCUCAGUGCCAGGAAUUAAGUCAGGGAAAAUGCCCAGAGCAAGGCCAAGGUCCAUGCCUACCCCCGUGCCAAGGUCAACAUCCACCUCAGUGUGUAGAGCCGCACCAGGAGCUAUUCCAGACAACAUGUGUGGAAGCUUGCCCUCAGAAAGCCCAGGAGGAGUGCUCACCCCCUGGCAAGGGAAAGUAGCUGCUCAUAUGUCAUCUGGGGUCAGGAAGACGGCCAGCCGACGAAACCCUGACCCCAGCCCAUGCUCCGGUGACCUUCUUCUGUGGGUACCUCUGUGUGCAAUGUACCUUCUUGCCUCCUGGCUUCCUUAGCAUUCCAGGACUUGGUCUGCGUCUCUAUUUCAUCAUCCUCUGUGAAUCAGCAUUGUUCUCAGCAGUCUGAUGGAAGGUCUCAAAGGUAGGAAUGGCGUGGUCAUCUGGGAAGACCACAGAAGCCUAGCACAGCCUCGCUGGGGCAAAGCUUCACCCUGGGUGUGUAACAGCCAAGGAUGCCUUCAUUUAUCUUUAGAGUGUCAAGCUCUCCUAUGAGCCUCAAAACAAACUGAAUUCAGACGGACCUUCCACUUACCACCACCACACAGGUGUGGAGACAAAGAGGCUUGCCGUGUUUCAAAAAUCAAAAACUGGGUGAUUUUUGUCUCUGCACAUUGAAAAGAAGGGCAGAUUGUUGAACAUUGAAAUGCUGAUUGUGCUUUUUUAAAAUGAACCCAAAUUAUGUAAAUGAUUGAAUCCAAACAACCAGAAGAAAGAGGUGGAUGUUUGGUGCCCUUGUCAAGCUCUAUGCUUCACAGCUGGUCUCAUGUGGGCCCUUAGUUCUCCCUGUGUACACUCUCUAGAGAUGUGAUUGUGUCUGUGUGAUGCAGGCUGGUCUGUUCUCCAGCUUCCUUACCUUCUUCUCUUUGGUGAAGGUAAAAUGCAUAAUAAAGCUGAUCCUAAGGCUGA